CUCGUGCACAGGCAUUCAAUCGCUCAAAAGCGGAGAGGAUCGUUCAGAGGGCGGAGUAUGCGUAGCGUCCGACGACGAUGCCGUUUGAUGGACGUGGCUGUCUUUCCCCGCGCCUGGGAAUGGGUUCUAUUCGCACUGCAGUCGCUCGGGCGGAGUCGUCACGAUUAUAGAGUGCACGAGCCUCGUCUACAAGUUAGGAAAUUAGUGUAAAACGCAGUUUUAAGGUGAAAUAUAUUCAAUAAUUGACCAUUAUUUCGGCAAAAAAGGCAUUACCCGAAGUGGAUUUUCUUAAAGUUGGAUUCAGAUGCAUGUUACAAAGCUGUAUUUUCAAGCUAACCACUUUUUACAGAAAGGAAAGAUUUUUUCGGCCCGACUUUGACGGGUUUUAUACAAGUUAGCUAUCAAAGUCGUGGCUGCUUUGGCUAAAGCACUGGAUCAGACUUUUCACUGAUGGGAACACUGUGUCUGAAGCACCGUGAAGGUGCUCGAGAGCUCUGGAGAAUCAGUUUAACAUAGAGUACAAACGACGGACAAAGCACGACUGCACCAUAACAUUUGCGAUUAUAGGGAAAUAUCUUUCACACUAGAUCGAUAACUUGUUAUAUCCAUGAAGUGGAUAAGAGAGGGCAUUGCAGAGAACAGGUAGGAGGUGCAAUAAAACCCAACCCAGUUUGACAGUUUUUUUGCCAGCAAAACAUAAGUAAUACUAAGAGAUCAAGAUGAGUGCGGAAGGAUAUCAGUACAGAGCCCUCUAUGACUACAAGAAGGAGAGGGAGGAGGAUAUUGACCUCCAUGUCGGGGACAUACUCAUAGUGAGUAAAGGUGCCCUACUAGCACUUGGCUAUAGUGAAGGUCUUGAGGAGAGACCAGAGGAGGUGGGCUGGCUGCCUGGUUAUAAUGAAAUGACUCAGGAAAAGGGGGACUUCCCUGGUACCUAUGUGGAGUUCAUUGGUAAGAAGAAGAUUUCCCCUCCAACCCCAAAACCAAGACCUCCAAGACCCCUGCCCGUGGCCCCAGGAUCAGCCAAGGAUAACCCAGACUCCGAGCAAGGAGGUUCCAGCACUCUGCUGGAGUUGUCGGAGCAGUUUACUCCUCCAGACGUGGCUCCGCCCAUGUUGCUCAAACUUCUGGAGACCAUCGAGAGAAAAGGUCUGAACAAUCCAACCCUCUACAGAAAUUUCACUGCCGGCGGUGGCCUCGACGUGCGACAGAGCUUCGAAGGUGAUCCCCCCUCCAUGGACCUUGAGCAGCUGGACUUGCAGAUGCUGUGUGAUGGUCUGAGACGAUACCUGCUAGACUUGCCCCAGCCCCUCAUCCACAAUGCAGUCUACAGCGAGAUGGUACACAUUGCCCAAGAGGUGCAGGGCUCAGAGGAGUGCGCGCAGCACCUGCGGCGGGUUGCCAGCUCUUCGGCGAUCCCUCCCCAGUACUGGCUGACACUGCAGUCCUUACUGAGACACCUCACCCGUGUAUGCCAGGCCUCUGCUGGGAACCUGCUGAACGCACACGCCCUCGCCGAAAUCUUCUGCCCUGUGCUGUUCCGGCAGCAGACUGCCAGCUGCGAGCCUAGCCCUGAGGCCCAUGUCCGCAUCCUUGAAGUCCUGGUGACCAGCGAAUGGAGCAGCAGCCAGGCAGCUCCAGCACUACCUCCAAAGCCACCCAAAUCUACCCCCGUCUCUAACAACGGUAUGAACAACAACAUGGCUCUUCAAGACGCCGAAUGGUACUGGGGAGAUAUCUCAAGGGAGGAGGUAAACGAGAAGCUGAGAGACACAGCUGACGGAACGUUUCUGGUCCGUGACGCCUCCACGAAAAUGCACGGGGACUACACCCUCACUCUGAGGAAAGGAGGUAACAACAAGCUCAUCAAAAUCUUCCAUCGCGAUGGGAAGUAUGGCUUCUCCGAUCCUCUGACUUUCAGCUCUGUGGUGGAGCUGAUCAACCACUAUCGGCACGAGUCCUUAGCCCAAUAUAACCCCAAACUAGAUGUGAAACUGCUGUAUCCUGUGUCCAAGCACCAGCAGGAUCAAGUGGUGAAAGAGGACAAUAUUGAGGCAGUGGGCAAAAAGUUACACGAAUACCACCUGCAGUACCAAGAGAAAAACCGAGAGUACGACAGGCUGUAUGAGGAAUAUACUAGAACCUCACAGGAGAUCCAGAUGAAGAGGACAGCCAUUGAAGCCUUUAACGAGACUAUCAAGAUCUUUGAGGAGCAGUGUCAGACACAAGAGCGCUACAGCAAGGAGUACAUUGAGAAGUUCAAGAGGGAUGGCAAUGACAAGGAGAUCCAGAGGAUUAUGGGGAACUACGAGAAACUCAAGUCACGCAUCAGUGAGAUCGUGGAUAGCAAGCGGCGCUUGGAGGAGGACCUGAAGAAGCAGGCGGCAGACUACAGGGAGAUCGACAAGAGGAUGAACAGCAUCAAGCCUGACCUCAUCCAGCUCAGGAAGACCAGGGAUCAGUACCUCAUGUGGUUGACACAGAAAGGAGUCCGGCAGAAAAAGCUCAACGAGUGGCUGGGAAUCAAAAACGAGAACCAGGAAGAUCAAUAUUCGAUGGUGGAGGACGACGAGGACUUGCCCCACCAGGACGAGCGCUCCUGGAAGCUGGGUAACAUUAACCGGAACCAGGCUGAAGCUCUGCUACGGGGCAAGCGAGAUGGCACAUUCCUGGUUCGAGACAGCAGCAAGCCUGGCUGCUAUGCCUGCAGUGUUGUCGUGGAUAGCGAGGUCAAGCACUGCGUGAUCAACAAAACCCCCACAGGUUACGGCUUCGCCGAGCCCUACAACUUAUACAGCUCGCUGAAGGAACUGGUCCUGCACUACCAGCACACCUCCCUCGUUCAGCACAAUGACUCUCUGAACGUCACCUUAGCAUACCCAGUGUACGCGCACCAAAGGCGAUGAGAUUCCCUUCAGUGGGCGCGCACGCGCAGUCUCUCUCGCCGGGAGUGUAGAGGAGGGCUUCACCUGGCAUGGCCAUGCCUGCACUCGGCCUUCAGGACACGGGGCUGACUUUUUGUUUCUUGGCCUUUGCACAGCCCCACUGUGGGCUGUGAAAGUGAACCCCUGUAACAAAUUUCAGCCACUGAGACUUGAAUUUAGUUUUCUUCUUGAUCAAGUGGAAACUGCUGAGCCUCUCUUUCUCUUUUUUUCUCUCUCUGUCUCUCUGUCUCUCUCUCUCUCUCUCUCCCCCCCCCAAAUGAAAGACUCUGGAGGCCUUGGCCAAAAUGGUGCUUGUUCAUUUCAAAGCUUUACCUGCUGCUGGAAUGUGGAACCCUCUUGAUAACCUCUGGAUUGCAUUUUUUUUAAUGCUACUUAGAGCCCUAAACCCUCACGCUACCAUUCAGUUUGUUUCCCCAUCCCUGUGUGCGCGUGUGGCUGAGUGGAAGUCAUGUGACCAAAACUCACAGUACCUGGAAGCUAUUCGUUGGUGGUGUUCAAGAUGUUGACAUGAGAAACUUGUGAACAGACCAUGGAAUCAGUUGAUCAAUGUAGCAAGAUGGCACUUUUUGAAAACAAUAUAUUCUGUGUUUUCACCUGAAAGACUCCUGUAUGGACAAUUGAGCACCUGAAAGUCUCAUCUCAAAGGAGCAAAACAGAGAGGGUGGCAGAUGUGUGGCAUUUCCUUUAUAAGCAUUACAUAUACAAAUGUUUGACUCCGUCCCCUUUACGGACAAACAAAGCACGUGAAAGGGCCUAUAAUGGACAUUCAUGCUGUACAUAUGGACACUGUCAAAAACCUAUGUGAUAAAACCAUAUUGUACCAAAAACAAAAAAGUUGCUCAUUUCUUUUUCAGUUGUAUUCAAUCUGCUAUGCAAAUUCUGUAUCUUUCUUCUCUGCAAAGUUAUGAUUUUAUUUUAUUGCUACCCAUAAUAUAAUUUUUUAUGGCUUGAAGCUUUUGUUUUGUUUUGUUUUUUUUUUCAUACUGUAUGUAAGAGAAUAUUUUAAGUGUCAAAACCGCCAAGAAAGAUGGCUUCAGUUUUACAACAACAAAUGAUGAUAAAGUACUUUAUUACAAAUUUCUUUAUCAAUAGCUGAUAAGAUUAAAGAUGAUGAGUAUUUUAUUAGUCUUUUUCACUUUGAGCUCAUUUGUUCCUGGGAAGAUCCUUGGGGGACUUUAGAACUGCUUCUGUCAAUAGUACCCAUGUUAUAUUUGAACAUUUGAGCAGUGCAAAGAAAUCUUAACAUCUGCAAUCUAACAAAUUCAUAUCAGAAAACGUUUGCUUAUAGUUCACUCUUUGCAAACCAAUGACAAAAGUUUAUUUUGUGAUACAUUUUUCACAAAUGGAGAGAAAAGCGAAUUGAUCCUUUGGAAUGAUGGAAUUUGUGAUGACCCGUUUUAGAUGGUGAAAGAAUAACAUCCCAUUCAUUCCUUAUCCACAUAGUAUUUUUUCUGUAUCAGAAAACCUGUACUAGUGUUUACAUGGAUGGAUCAACUCAUUUUGACUUGGAGACAAUACUAGACUGCUUUUCCCAUAAUACCGUUGAUGAUUUCAACAGUUGGAAGACAAAAAUGAAUCCACUUUUUUUCCUUGACUGCCAGCUUUCAUGGACACAUUUGUCACUGCUGUUUCUUAAUUGCUCGUCAGGAAUUACAAUAUUCUAAGCUUUACAACAAGUGAAGUCUGGCAUAGUUUUGCCUCCAGCUCGAGUCGUGUCUAUAUUACAGUUAUGCAUACAAUGAUCCAGUGAUAUUUUGCAUAAAUAAACAUCGUUGUGACACCAGUAA